AUGAGAGGAACAGCUUCGCUGGAGCAAGAUGUCCGAUUUGCCAACAAGGACAAACUUCUCGUUCAAUCAACAAAAUUUCCUAAAGGCUUCGAUAUCAAAGUCGAUAUAAGCAAGGUAAAUCUAGAAGUUUUUACAUUAUGGAUUCAUAAAACAAUUGAAGAAUUGACUGGAACAGAUGAUGACAUGAUUGCUGAAUAUGCAAAUAGCCUUUUGAUGGAGAAGGAUUGUGAUCCGAAGCAAAUGCAAAUACAGUUGGCUGGGUUUAUGACUAUUGAUAAAUCGGCCAUCUUUAUGAAGGAGCUGUGGAAAUUACUAGUUGAAGCACAAUCCACUACAAGUGGUGUACCAGAGGGAUUGUUAGAAAUUGAAAUGGAGAUUAGAAAGAAACAAGAGGAAGAACAAGAGAAAAUCGGAAGAAAAAUCAAUGAAAAGAUUAUUCCAAAUCAACACGGCAAUAACAGAUAUUAUUCUCGUAAUAAUAAUGGCCGUGACUAUUCCAAUGAUAAUUAUAGUAAUAAUAAUAAUAACAGAAAUUACAACAAACAAUCCUACCCUAAGCAUAAUUCUGAAUCUUCAUCAUCAACUAAUAGUGGAGAAAGAAGAGGAAUUGAGUCUUUUAAAUCCUAUGAAGAUGAUAAAUCAGAGAGAAGAUUUAACAAGAGAAGUGACAAUGAUAAUAAUAAUAGUGGAAGAAAUGGAUCUGAUUAUAACAACAGUAGCAGAGGUUCCUCUACAAGUAGCCAGAUCAGUACGAACAAACCAUCCUCUUCCUAUGAUUCUAGAGGAUCAUCAUCUAAUCAAUCCUACAGAAAGGACUACUCUAAGGACUAUUCAAAGAGAUCUUAUCCAAGCCCUACCAAUAACAGCAGCAGAUACAAUGAUCGUUCCUCUGGUAAAUCAUCCUCCUAUGAUGAUUAUUAUAACUCUUCCGACCGUCAAUACUAUUCAUCUGAUAGAAACAGAUCACCACCAAGAAAGCACUCUAAAUAUUCUUACAACUCUAGGAAACCAUCAUCUGAGAGAUCAGAGCCGACACCACCUCCUUCAUCAUCCGAUGACUCUGACUCUGAUGGUCACAAUUAUAUUAGUUCAAGAAGAAAAUCCAAUGAAAAUUCCACUUCGGAAACACUGAGAAAGAAAGCUCUCGAGUCCAUGUCCAAGAGUAAAUCAUCAUCCAGUCAAGAAGAAGAACGAUAA